AUGUCCCACUCUCCCCUUUCCCCGGAAGCUUUUGACUUAGAUCAAGAACAUUGGAAUUCUUCUGAAAGAAAGGGAUUGGUUUCGUCAAUUACUUGUUCAAGUGCUGACCACAGUUCUCCCUCCUGCCCCGUUUGUGGCGACAAAGUAUCUGGCUACCACUACGGCCUGCAAACCUGCGAAUCGUGCAAAGGAUUUUUCAAGCGAACUGUUCAAAACAAAAAGGCCUACCAGUGCACAGAAGCCGGCGUCUGUAUCAUUGACCGUGUCCAUAGGAAGCGCUGCGCUUAUUGCCGUUUCAAAAAGUGUCUUUCAGCUGGUAUGCGAAUAGAGGCCGUCCGCGAAGACCGAAUGCGCGGCGGUAGACUGCGGCGGAGCAAAUCGACUUCAUCACCCCCUCCCUCCUCACCCGAUCAUGAGGGUAGCAGCGAGGUCGGUGCUGACGGGGAGGCGGAAAGAGUGGAGGUGGUGGAGAAAUAUCCUAGCGAACAGACCUCUCCCCUUGACCCUGCAACCUCUACCGCCACCACUCCCUGCCCCAACCAAGAUGCUCCGACUUCCCAAAGGGCUUACUGGAACCCCCCCACAUCCUCAAACCUCUGUGGCCUUGAUUCUAUCAAUCCUCAGGCUGUACCGAAAUCGGAAAAUUGGAGUACACCUAAAUCUGCCUCUUCCUCUUCCACCACCAUUGCCGUCGCUGCAGCACCUCCGAAUGGACCUCUGCGCCCGUUCAUGCCGGCAGCAGCGACGCCCAGCUCCAGUCAUCAUGCUCCCUACACACCUUGCUCCUCCACCUCUUCUGCCUCCAUCCCUGGGCUCUACGAGGGCCCAGCUCCAAAAAAGGAGACCGUGCCUCCGCUUGAUAACGGUGCCUAUCUCGCCUUAACCACCAGCGAACCACCGCCUAAUACUGCACUCCUGGGCGCCUCCGGUUCUGGCAGUGGAGGCCAGACGCCUAUCCCCUCGGCAGAGGAGCUUCAAUACUACCCGCAAAAUACCUCAGCCUCGAGCACAAGUCAGUCAGGAGGAGUGCUGUGGUCUUCUCGCAAAUCGCCGACAUUUCGUCUCGCCGACUACUAUCGACCCACACCUUCGCAGCCACAACCGCUAAAGAGUAGUGGACGAUUCGACCAGGUCGACGCGGGGGGCUUCUACACGGUUGAUAGCAGUAUGGCAGCUGAGCCUGAGAAUUUAGAGGAGACAUUGGAAGAAAUUGCCGAAUUGGAGGGCGAACUCUCCUCGGACGACGAGGCCUCCAUGGCUGAGGGCGCUGGUGAGCUGAGAUUCAGCAAUGGUAUCAAGACCGCAGCUUCAUCUGCCGCCACCAGCAGUGUACCAUUUGAGGGGAUCAACUUUGCCCAACUCUUCUCAGCUUCGAAUGCCCAUUCGGAGAAGUUGAUUGCCUUGGCCAAACAAUUUUACCCUAAAUUGAAGGAAUAUCUGAUUCGAGCAAACACACAGGGCGAGAUGGACCUUAAUCCCGUGGAAGGUGGUUUCAUGUCACCCGACAAUGGAGGUGGGCCGGAUGGUCUCGGUUUGGCCGCAGCAACACCCGACAGUCCCCUCGAUAACAUUCUCUGCAAGCUCUCAAGUAUGCUCGAGGACUGCCUCUUCCACAUGGUCGAUUGGGUUAACCGGACAGAGAUUUUUCGCGUAAUUCGAGUUGAGGACAAAAUGCAGCUUCUGUAUAGUAGUUGGAGUGAGGUCAUUGUGAUCGAGUUCUUGCAGUGCGUAAUUCUCAACCUUCGAACGGAAGAUCGGUCCGACAUGAUGAAGGCGGGCGCAGGCAGUCCACGAGAGCCGUCGAAUCGGGACCUCCAUUAUCUGGUAAAGGAGUUAAUGGAAUACCUUCUCCCUCCCGAUGACGAAAAUCAGCGGAUUCGCGACCUAAUUGCCCGCUUCAAUGCUCUCAGUCUCUCCAGUCACGAGUUCACCUGCCUCAAGUUUUUAGUUAUCUUCAAUCCCUAUAAGCAUGACGUCAAUCUGACCUCAAGUCUGGAAUACGUGAGGGAGGUGCAAGCAGAUCUGUGCCACUUUCUUCUGCGAGCAGCCCGACGUGCUAUCAAGCAGAGACCUCUUCCACCUCCCACCUUUCCUACCUUCCCCACCCAUGCCGCCUCCACUUUGGCUACAAUCGCGGCCUCGGAACGGCUGGGUCGGCUUCUGUCGCACCUCACUGAGGUAAAACACGUGGCCUUUCAACUGGAGAGUUUUCUCGUGGCGCGCUACUAUGCCAGUUGCAUCCCUAAUGAGAGCCUCCUUACUGAGAUGCUCCUAACGAAACGUGGCAGCGGUGGGCGAACUCCAAUCGCACCACCUCAACCGCAACCCGCGCCUCUCACCCCCUCUGCGUCGUCAGCCUAUGGUUUUGCUGCGAGCUUUCCACCACCGCAUUUGAAGCGGGAUCCCAACGGUUACACUCCUCUUCCUCCACCGCCGCCCCCCUGGCGUCCCGGAAGCGGGGGUAGGGAAGACCUUCCUUCCGCAUCCUAUCCUGCCCCUGUUACUGCUGCUACGCCUGCACAAUACUUCCCUCCGACACCCCACUCCGUCACGUCGUCUGACUACCAGUCGUCCCAACCACAGCCACAGCCGCAAGACCAAAGCUUUUUUAUGCCCCCUGCUCCUCCCCCGCCCCAGCCACCGCAGCAACAACACCAACCGCACACCUCCUCCGCAUCGACCGAGUCUCGGGACCCCUCAGCGGUGUUGUUUCGACUGGCUCAAAAGGGACGAGUGGACCGUCUGCGAAGCCUCGUGGCCCAGUGCCUCGCUGCGGACGAAAAUUCGGCUUCCUCCUCACCUGUUUCAACGAGCGCCGCCCUCUACCUUCUCGCUUCCACUGUCGAUCCCCGUGGACGACGUCUUCUUCACGUCGCUUGCCAGCAUGGCCGAGUAAAGAUGGUCAGGUACCUUGUUGACGUGGGUCUACCCAUCGAAGUUUACGACAAGAAAGGUAACACACCGGUCCAUUCUUGCAUCAACUACGGGAUCAAACAUCGUCGCUAUUCUAAAUGUUGUAAGCUUCUCGCCUGCCUGGUGGAGUCGAAUUUGGAGCUACUGUACGUGCGGAAUAACAAGGGUACAUCCCCCUCCACUCUGCUGGAGCAGCUUUGGCUUUCGGCCCCUUCAGAAGAGCGCAUCAAAGGCGAUGCGCUUCGCCGGUUUGGCUACUGCGCUGCUUUUGAGGCACGGGUGGUGACGAUGUUCGUGGUGGUGGCGGUGGUGGUGGGGGUGCGUUGCGGCAUCGUAAAACCCUCAGUCUUUAAUCUUUCUCCCCUUUGCCUGCCCGCCUGCCUGCGCUACGCUCUCUUCUCUUCUCGCCCCUCUUCUCUCAAGCACGCACGCACCUGCGCACGUCUACAUCGCUCGCUCCGCUCUCCAAGCGCAAAGUCUUUCAGUCGAUUUGUCCUGAUGCAAUGCAGCCUGCGAGAGGAUUUGUGUGGAGAAGUCAGGCCUUUAAAGAGGAGGUGUAGCGAUGCCAUCUCGGAGGAUGCGUGGCAGGAGCGAUUGCUUGAUGAGUUGAAUGCCGAUUUUCCUCGUCACGAGGAAUAUUUCCAAGGUUUUUCCGACGCUGGCACAUCGUCAGGGGACUUCUUUGAAGACAUUCGCAAGGAGUACGAACGAAAAAAGCAAAGGUACAUGUACAGACUGCCGCCUGAAUCCGACCAACCUUCUGCCAGCACUGCGUAUGCUACAGCCUCCACGAGGGCUGACAAAUUUCGCCGUCGACACGCGGAGGGACUCAGAAAGCGUGGCUUGGGAUCUCCUCCCUCCAAUCCAAGCGUCUCCGUCCUUUCAUAUGAGCAGUACUCGGAGCGGUGGCAAGCAUUUCUACGAAGUGACACGAGCUGGGCUAUCCCUUGGCCGCCGAUUAAAGUGGGAGAUAUGGAGGAGUUGCUGCGAUUCGUGGGGUGUAGUUUGUUCCAUUUAAGACAAUUGCAGGUGGACUGGCACCCGGACCGAUUCUUUGCCCGGUUGCCGCCUCGUGUACAACGAACCGAGGAGAUGACGAGCAGAGUCACAGCGCUGUCGCAGUUUUUCAACAAAGCUGUUGCGGAACUUAGGAGAUGUGUUGGAAAGUCGGAACAAUAG